UCACACUAAAAUGGCGAGAUAGUGUGUUGACAUUGUAGCUCGCAGCUGUCCAAGCAGUCCAAGGUUCUCGUCGGGAACCCCGCAGGUGUAGGGAGACCUCAAAUCCGUCAGUCCGGCGAUCGCUCGGGAUCGCGCUCGCGAUCGGGACGUCGCGAUGCACUCGGUCAGCGCCAGUCUGCCGAGCACCACGGACGUGAGUGACGUCUCGACGUUGGUUAAGCGGGACCAGGACUGCCGUGCGGCGACCGACGUGGACACGGGCGGCGAGCCGUGCGGCGAGACCGAAGGCCUACGUAUCCUCGAUGAGUUCCGCAAGCUGUACGAGAGCCGCAUCGAGAAGAUCGAUCGGGAGCCCGGCGGCGAGUCCGAUCGGGUCUCCAUGAAGUUGCAAGUGAUGAGCGACUGGAUUAAGGAUUUAGGGGAGCAAAAUAUGAUGUUGGUGCAUACGGUGGAGGAUUUGGAGCAGGCUGCGUGUAGCAGAGUUAAAUUACUAGAGGAGAAGCUGAAACAAUCGUCGCAGAUGGUCGUGGAUAAUUUAAGAUCCGACAAUUCGGAGAAGACUUUGAAUACCCUUUCAAAUCGCGUCAGUCAGUUGGAAAAGGAUGAGGAGUACCUUCAACAAAAAAUAGAGUAUCUGCAGAGCGACAUAAGGGGAUUAUUGGAGGUGAUUCGUCGCGCGCGCCGGCAGAACGUUUGGAGUCUCGAGGGUAUCACGUUCUUCGAGAUUCAGCCAGAGGACAUACCGGUUCCAGACUGUCUCUGCAGUCAGGAGCAGACUGAUACUGACCACAUAAAAUCCUUGAAUCUGCAAAUAGAACAACAUCAGGAAAAUGAAAGAAAAAUGAUCAGAUCUCAAUUGGAAUUGGAAGGAAAAUUAGCGAAUCUUACAACAGAAUUGUCAGUAAAGGAUGAUACUAUAAAAAAAUACGUUUCUAGACUUCAGUCCUUUUGCGAGAAGCUCAAGGAACAUGCUAAACAAACGAAUCAAGUUAUUAAUUACCCAAUGACUUCUGAUCAAGAUUUUAAUAUUAUCUUAACACCUGACAUUCUGGAAAGUGUACUAGAUGCGAAAGAUAGGGAAAACAAGAGCUUAUAUCGGCAACUCCAGGAUGUUGAAUCCAAGCUUAUGGUGUAUACUUACGAAAACAAUGUUGACACAAUUAAUCUACAGCUACAAUUGGAAGAAAAAUGUAAAAAAGUACAGCAACUCGAGGACAAAGUGGCUCGCCUCGAAAAAGGAGCUGCAGAAACAAAGGAUACACUGACGGCGGAGAUCGUGGCACUGGAAAAACAAAAUUAUCAUGCUAAUAUGGGUAACCUUUUGAAGGACGACUUGAUUAAAGAGAUGCGCAAAGAACUGAAGCAAACAACUUUAGAGAAGACCCUACCUGCCUUCCGUUCUCGCAAGCAUAAUUCUAACAAUCGUAUCACUAAGAUGAAAUCCCAUGAGUCCCCUGAGCAAUUUCCAGUAUCAAGCCUCCUACAUACAUCCACCCAGCGAAAGAACGAUUUUACAUUUUCGCACGACGAUUCUGGGGCAAUAUUAAAUUGUGGCAAACGAAAUUUAUCAACGAUUAAUACAAAGUUGCAAAAUAGAUUGCUUAAUCUACAGAGCCAGUCUCGAUCUCACGUAGAUAUUCAAGCUGGUCGAUAUAAAUACAUAAAGAAUAUUGACAAAAGAAUUCUUCAGACUGCUAGAAAAUUGUCACCUCCGUGUAAAGAUAAUAAUUUAGAUCGAGUUACACCAGACACUUAUGUUUAUUCCGCAUCACAUAUUCAAGAUAAAUAUGAUAGGAGUUCUCGAAAAUUUCACAUUGAUACGAAUAUUUCUCCGGAGGAAUGUCCUCUGCCUUCAAUAGAUACUUCACAUUCUAAAAAGUCAAACGUAAACAGCGCACGGCAAUUCAGAUUGAUGGAAGAAUUUAGAGUGUGCACCGUGGAAGCUCAAGCAGCAACAGAAGACAUUCGCGAGGAGAUAAGCACCGUUGUUUCGGCAUUUAAUUCACGACACCAGAAUUACGAAGAAUUAAGCAAGAUGGUUACUAAUGUACAAAGUUACUUGGCAAGAACGCGAGAAGGCCUAAUAGAAGCGAUCAACAGACUAGAAUUACAAGAGGAGGAGAGACUGAGGCACAGCGAAAGAAUUGUGAAUGGCAAUCUUAAACUGAAGGAUAUAAAAAAUGAAAUUAAUCAUGCUCAAUCAGAAUUGUCUCGUUGCAUUAAUGGUAUGCAGGGGAAUAUACAGGAAUAUAAUGAAUCAGAAUAUACAGAAGCGUGUAUCAACAAUGAUUUACUAAGUGUGGUAAUGGAAGAAGUUGAACAAAUAUUGACUAAUUUGCAAUUAUUCCAAACUCAGGGUGGCUGUGUGACGUCAAUACUAAAAGGAUUAAGAAGUCAGCUGUGCACUAUAGAUGGUUCUUUAAAGGAUUUACAGAAAAAAACCGGUGAAGUGCUAUUAAACAACGAAGUCGCAAAAACGACGUUCUGUGAAAGGGAAAGCAGAUUGGCUAAAUACGAAGAAGAAGUCGAUUGUGCUCAUACAAAAAUGCAAGAUGUAUUGGAAACGUUUCUUUCCACAAAACAGGAAGAAAAGGAGCAGUUUUCUCAUAACACUUAUGAUAAUCAGGAAAUAAAUGACAUAAUAAAAACGAAAGAAGAUUUACAUAAAUUAAGAAAGGAAUACGAUGAUCUAAAACUCGAUAUGAUUCAGCAAACGUGUCAAUUGAAAUAUGAUGAAAGACUGAAUAAGUGGAAAAAUCGUGUAAUUGAUUUGGAAGACCAAAUUAGAAUGUUGCAACAUGAGGCAAAAUGCAAACAAGAAGCAAUUAAUUUUUUAAAGAACAAUAUUCAAUCUAUGGAGAAGGAACUGAUUGCUGCACGAACAAAGGCAGAAAAUUAUAGACAAAGUCACAGCAAGGAUAACAUGGAACUGAGAAAGAAGAUAAUAGAACUAGAAAAUAUUAUCAAAACGCAGAAAGAAGUGGAGAAUGAUCUUAGAAAAAAUUUAAAUAAUGUAUCAAACAUUAAAAAAUCUACAGAAAUCUCAAAUACUUUCCAUACCGAGUGCGGCACAGAAGCAACACUUUUGCGUUGCGAUUAUCCAUCCAAACAUGAGAAUAUAUCUCACUUGUUCAAAAUUGUACAAGACGCUGUGCAAUCUGCAAAAGUGGCGGUACAAGACUUUGAGAGUGAACUUAAAAAAUUGAUACGCGAAGAAUCAUCUCUCUCCUCCGUUUCGGCAAAAUCUGCUGUGGCACUGACCGACUCGUUAGGAAAAUGUAGAGAUAAAUUGGAUGCUUGCUCUCACGAAUUGAACAAACUUAAAAGUGCUGUAUAUUCGAAAGAAAAACUUUUAGAAAAUAUGGAGGAAGUCGUACGGAUACAACGGCACUCGUUAUCAAUGAGCCAAGCGGAAGUAAAAGAUUUGUAUCAAAAGCUGCAAGAAAAGAUAGAUAAACAAGGCCUUACAAUCGCACAAUAUGAGAGAGAAAAGAACGAAUUGCUGAAGCAGAAUGAACUUCAAAUACAAACUAUCGGACACUUACAAGAUGCCGUUGUUGAAGCUAAGCGAAAUUUGGAUCAGAUGGCCCAUAAAACGAUCAGUGAUCUUUCCAAGAAGGAUGAAACUAUACGUGAAUUAACGAUGCGCAUCGAUGUGACGCAAGAUCAAUAUAACGAUUGUUUUACAGAGGCAACUAAUCAGGACAUGCUGUUGGACUUGCAACGAGAUGCUAUUGAAAGUCUGCAUAAAAGGAUUCGUUGUCUGGAGUAUGAUAAACAUUUAAUCGCUAUCACGUUACACGCAAUAUAUUAUUCAAUUUUAAGCGGAGUACAGAAGCAAAUACAUGACUAUGUAAAGGAUUUCCGAGAACUGAAAUGGAAGAUGGAUAGUUUUGUAGAGACGAAGAAUUACUCCAAAAGCAAAUGCAUAAACAAAUCGUGUCCGAUAUAUGAAGACAAAAAUUGUGAUACUCGAGAUUUGGAGUACUGCUCAAAUAGCAAUACGUACGGAAUGGAAGAAUGUUCAGCGAAAGAAACGGAGAUAAAAAACAUCGCUCAGAUACAACAAUUAAAAACAGAAUUGCGAAAGGUGAAAGAUGCCGAGUGCGAUUUGAGAUGCGAAAAUCAGCAACUUAAAACCAAUUUGCAGCAUCACGUAUCAGAUACUGACAGUCUGUUGAAGAAACUAGAGCAGAAGGCAACUGAAUAUAAGGAACUUUUUUUAAAACUAGAAGAUGGAAAAAAAGAGAUCAAUACCUUAAACGAUCGAAUCAUCAGUAGCGAAGAAAUUGUCAGACAUCAAUCUCAGGAACUUGAAAAGCUUCGGAAAAGGUUCAUGAAUGAUCCAGAAACGGAAAAUUUGUCCGAACUGAAUGUAUCGGAGCACGAAAUGCUGACUGUUCUGUGUGAUCGAAUAUACUCUUUGAAAAUUCUACUGCAAAAGGUAUCGGACAACAUGAUCAAAUUGCAAGCGGAUUACGAAUUGCUUAAGAAUGAAAACUCUAUAUUAAAGAAUCAGAAUGACAUCACUGAAGCUCGAACUAAAGAAGAUAUCUUACAGUUGAAAGAAAGGCUGAAAGAGGCACGCAUAAAAUUGCGUCAGACAGAAGACAGUUAUCGCCAGCUGACUGAAGACUUCAAUAAAGUCCAAAAACAACUAAUGUCCGCAACAAAACGAGAAACUGAUGCGCAAAAAUUGUUAACGAUUAUGGAAAGGGAUUAUCGUUCUAAGAUUGUAGAAGUGGAAAAUGAAGCUAUCCGUCUUCGUGAUUUAGUGGACAAACUGAGCGAGGAAUUGGAAGAGACCAGAAGAACGUUGGAAUCGAAAGAUAUCGCACUUGGCCAAUCGCAAGAGAAAUGCAAGCAUUAUGCUGAUCAUUUGAAUACCAUGCGCCAAGAUCUUGAGAGAGAAAAAGAGGAGUUAAUGAAAGCCGAAAACGUAAAUCUUGACUUGAUUCAACAGUUGCAGGAAUACAUGAAAGAGAAUUACCGUCUUGACCAACAGAAAAUUUCACUGGAACGAAAUAAUUCUACAUACAUAACUGAGUUGGAAGACAUGCGCAAAUCUUGGCUCGAGUUGAAAAAGGAAUGUCACUUGAAGGACCGAUCUCUAACAUGCAUGUCAGCUGAUUUAACGGAAACAGCAAUGAGCAGAUCAGAACUCUGCAAAGAAUCUCAAUACAUAGUCUCGUGCAUCCGCAACUGUAUGGAGCAGCAGAAGAAAUACAAUAGAACUCUAGCAGAAAAUCUGGAAAAUAAGCAACAGCUUCUAAUGCAGCUUGUGUUCGAGAAAAAAGCGCUAUUAAUUAAAAUCAGGAAAAUGAAACGAAUUAAUUUAUUGGCGCAGAAAUUGAAAAGAACGCACAAGUUAACUGGCAGAGGUUUUAGGAAAGCGCACGUAAACGGUUAUAUGUCACCAUCAGUUGCAGCGCAUCAGACUACGGACACAGAUCUAAUUUCGAACUUAAACUGUACAGAUUUGCGCAAGAAAUAUUCAACGAAACCAAGCAAGAUUGGUCGACGUACAUCAACGUGUGGCAAUUCGUGGUGGUUUCCCAAGAUGGAACAUUUAAUAAAUGAGGUUCGUAAAAAUAAUCGGUGGUGGAAUGAAAAUUUUAAGAACGGAACGGAAUCCGAUACUUCGCUGGAAGAGAACCGUGACUACGGUUAUCAGUCCUCUUCUACAAGCAAAUGAAGGAAGAGAGGGGAUUUAUUUUGUUAAAGACUGAAGAAGUAAUAUGAAGCAAAAGUUUUAACGUUUGAAUAUACGGAACGUAGUAAUUUGUAACGCGAUUUACGUUAGUUUGUGCUGCGUUUUCUUUUAUGUAGAUGUAAUUUUAUACGUAUAUAUACAUAUAUAUUAAUCUAAUGUAUCCCUUUUUUUUUUAAAUAAACAGACGUUUCUUGUGUAACGUGUGCGAGCA